AAUCAAACGUGAAAUUGGAGACUUUAUUCGAUCACUCGAAACGAAUAUCCUAAAAUGUCUUAUGCUUUAGCACAACCUAAGCUUUCAAAUUUUACUCAUCUUACCAAGGCCAAGUUGGCUUGUACUAUGACUUUAAUUUAGGUAGGUAGUUUCCAUACUAUAAUACUAUUUGACAGGACACUUGACAUUUGGUUGUGCAUUUGACACUCCUUGAAUUUUGAAUUUGAGGUUAUGUUUCUAUGACUUUCUGAAGAAAAACCAUAUUGUACAAUUUUAAAAAGUACUUAGCCACACUAUGGAUAAAACAAAAACUAGUACAGAUGGCUCAUCAAAAAAAGAAAAGAAACAUCAUAAGAAGCAAUCAAAAGAUGGUCAACUGGAGGCAAAUCUAGCUGAAAAUGAAGUUUCUCACGGUUGUAAGAAAGAAAUAGUAAAUAAAACUAAUAAUGAUGCAACAACUGGUACUGUUGCACAGAAGUUAUCAGAAAAAGAGCUUCGCCGAAUAGAGUGGGAGAAAAAAUUGGAGAGUCAAAAGGGAAUUACAGUGACCUCAAAUGACCAAUCAGUAGGUCAGCAGCCGUCUGAAAAAGAACUACGUCGAUUAGAAUGGGAAAAGAAGUUGCAGGAACAGAAAGCUGGUGAUACUGGCAAGGAGACCUUGAGCAAAGCAGAAAUAAAGGCAAAAAGAAGAGAACAACAAGAAGCUCAACGGCAGGCAAAAUUGGCAGCCGAAAAUGCUAAAAAUGCUGCUGAAAAUGUCAAAAAGGUCGCUGCAACCACACCUAUUAAAGAUCCUGGAAAAGGAUUAGGCAAAGUAGAAAAGAAACUAGAUUUCCCAAAAAAGGAAACUAAAAAAACCACUGAUGUUCAUAAAGUACAGCUAGUACAGCAUUUGUAUGCUGAAAUGCCACAAAAAAAAGUGUCAAAGUUACUGGUAUAUAACAACAUUCAUCCAGCUUUUGUUAAGUUGGGAUCUCAGUAUUUGAACAAAACAAUUUUAGGAUCAAAUGCAAGGACUUUAGCAUUAAUGGCAGCUCUAAAGCAUUUAAUUAUUGAUAUUCAAACUCCACCAAAACAAGAACUUUGCAGGCACUUAGAAACCGUAUUGCAGACUUGCACAAAUCACCUUCAAAACUGUAGACCCUUUGCAGUUUCCAUGGUAAAUGCUUUGAGAAAUUUUAAGUUACAUUUGACUCAGGUAGAUACUAAUUUAAAAGAUAGUGAGAAGAAGGCAAAGUUGCAAGAUGUUAUAGAUGUUUACAUACAUGAUGAUAUUUACAAAGCUGGUGAUGCUAUUAGUUUGAAAGUCAAGGAAAAAAUUUCUGAUGGAGAUGUUAUUUUGAUAUAUGGUUGCUCAUCUCUGCUAAAAAAAAUACUUGUAGAUGCCCACAAAGAAGGCAAAAAGUUCAAAGUUAUAGUUGCAGACAGUCGACCGCUCCUAGAAGGUAAAGAAAUGCUCAGAAGACUUGUGGUAGCUAAAAUUGAAUGUACAUACAUCUUCCUGAAUGCAGUUAGUUAUGUUAUGAACUCUGUUACAAAAGUGCUGCUGGGUGCACAUGCAUUGUUAACCAAUGGCUAUGUGAUGUCGAGGAUAGGUACAGCACAAGUAGCAUUGGUAGCUAAGGCAUAUAAUAAGCCUGUUUUGGUAUGCUGUGAAACAUACAAAUUUAGUGAAAGAGUGCAGACUGAUUCGUUUGUUUAUAACGAAAUUGGUGACCCGGAUUUGCUGAGCAAAAUUCCCAAUACAGAAGAUCCAAGCCCGUUGAGUAAAUGGAAAGAAAACAACAAGCUCACUCCUUUAAAUCUGCUGUAUGACGUCACCCCGCCAGAUUUUGUUACUGCCGUUGUUACUGAAAUUGCCAUAUUGCCUUGUACCAGUGUUCCCGUAGUGCUUAGAAUUAACGCUAUUGAAAACACGUGACACAUUUAACUAAAUGUAUUUGUACUUUCUUGACACAUCAUCUAUUUGAAGCAUUUUAUGUAAUGACAUUUGUAAGUUUUUAUUGAGCGGUGCAAUAAAAGGUUAUUACAUAAUAAUUGGAA